AACCAAAACCACCUGUAAAUUCGCUCACUUUCUCUCUGUAACACUUCCACCUUCCCUCUUUCUCUCUCCUUAAUUUCUCCGGCUGCAAUUUUUCCUUCUCCGGCAGCUCUGCCAUUUCACUGAAAUUGGCGUUUUUUGUCGCCGGGGAAUGGAGCGCUUGUAGAUCCUUUACUGCCAAAGCUGGAUCUAUUAAUGCCUACCCAUGUUCCCAUUGUGAGUUGCCCUUUCUGGGGUUUUCUUCUCUUCAGCUGAAAAGUUCGGUCUGCUGUGAAUUUUAUGUCUUUCGUGGAAGGUAGAUUGGUGCAGAAAGGUUAAACGUGAAACUGUUCUUUGGUUGCGGAGAUUAGUUCUGUGAAUUCUGUUGAAUAAGGGAUUUCUUUCUUUUCCAUGUGUUAAUUUCUUUUCUGGGUUUUGAGUGGUUUUAGUUUGCUGCUAUAGAUUAUCUGAAUGCAUUGCGAUGAUGAGUUCCAAUAUCAGAUCAACUAAAUUUCAGAUUAGCUGGUGAAAGUUGAGAUGAACUUCUGCGUGCGGUCUUGCUAAUUCUGGUCAAUUACUUGCUCUUCACUGAGUUAAAGGAAGUGCCAGGAGUUGCAUGUCAUCAAAGACUUGUGAUUGAGAUUAUCUAAUGAUAGAAAAGGAAUUAAGCAUGGAUAGUGUUAUGCCUAUGGGGUUGUGGAAAUGUUGACACCUGAACUACUACCAUGAGCCAGGCCGAAGUACCAAGGGCGAAGCCGCCUCUUGUUCCACUCGCAACCUUAAUUGGUCGUGAGCUAAGGAACGAGAAGCUUGAGAAACCUUUCGUGAAGUAUGGACAAGCUGCUCUUGCAAAGAAAGGGGAAGAUUACUUCUUAGUAAAAACCGAUUGCCAAAGGAUUCCUGGAAACCCGUCUUCCUCGUUUUCUGUCUUCGCGAUUUUCGAUGGACACAAUGGCAUCUCGGCGGCCAUUUUUGCAAAGGAGCACUUAUUGGACAAUGUUAUGAGUGCAAUCCCUCAAGGAGCUAGCAGAGAAGAAUGGCUUCAAUCCCUUCCCCGAGCCCUAGUUGCUGGUUUUGUGAAGACUGAUAUAGAAUUUCAGCAGAGAGGUGAAACCUCUGGAACGACCGUGACAUUUGUUGUCGUUGAUGGGUGGACGAUUACUGUUGCCUCUGUCGGGGAUUCUCGAUGCAUAUUGGAUACUCAGGGAGGCAUAGUAUCCCUCUUAACGGUUGAUCAUAGGCUUGAAGAGAAUGUGGAAGAGAGGGAGCGUGUGACUGCAAGUGGUGGUGAAGUUGGAAGACUCAAUAUUUUUGGGGGUAAUGAGGUUGGUCCUUUGCGAUGCUGGCCUGGUGGGUUAUGCCUAUCGAGGUCAAUUGGUGACACUGACGUCGGGGAGUAUAUCGUUCCGAUACCGCAUGUUAAACAAGUCAAACUCUCGAAUGCUGGUGGAAGACUGAUCAUUGCUUCAGAUGGUAUCUGGGAUGCUUUAUCUUCCGAUCUGGCUGCCAAGUCUUGUCGAGGUUUACCUGCAGAGCUUGCUGUUAAGUUAGUUGUUAAGGAAGCUUUAAGGUCGAGGGGCUUGAAGGAUGAUACAACAUGUCUUGUUGUUGACAUCAUUCCAUCAGACCGUCCUAUCUUACCCACAACACCCCGGAAAAAGAACAAUAUGCUCACUUCACUCUUCAUUGGAAAGAAAACCCCGAGUUCUACGAACAAGGCAGCGAAUAAGCUUUCAGCAGUCGGUGUUGUCGAAGAGUUGUUUGAAGAGGGUUCCGCUAUGCUUGCAGAGAGACUGGGGAAAGAUUUGCCUUCAGACAGAAAUGCAGGCCUCUAUAGAUGUGCGAUCUGCCAGGUGGACCAAACGCCAGGAGAUGUUUUCUCAGUGAACUCAGGUCCUUUUUUUGCACCUGGAUCAAAGCCAUGGGAAGGUCCCUUCCUGUGCACUAAUUGUCGGAAGAAGAAAGACGCAAUGGAAGGGAAGCGGCCAAGCAGACACACAGUGACUGUGUAAGCAAAGCAAAGCAAAUCAAUCAAUGUCUGGUAACAAGAGUACAUAACCGCCAAAUGUUAUUUCUUUUUUUCCUAGACGGGAGCAUGCUUGAUUUCUUUUUGUUGCGAGCUUCUCGUAUUGAUUUGUAAUCCAAUGUGUAAGAAAUGAGUAGGGUUUUAGAUGGAAUAGGUACUUUGAUCAUUUUCCUUUGUUUUCCCCCCAGUCGUUUGUGCUGCUGUUGAUGAUGCCCGGUUUGUGCCCUCACCCUUUGUAACAGAGGACUGAGUUCGCCUUCUGUCUGGACAGAUAGAGAUGUGGAUUUGUCUUUUGUCAUAGUUUGGUUGAUUGAAUUACUAACAGCUUGAUGAAGAAUUUGUAAGUAAAGAAUUUGAAGGACGAAAUUGCUUUUGCUGACAUAUUUUUACCACCAUAGCAUGCAGAAAGCGUCCUCCUUUGGCUUGAAUUGGGAAGACACAAGCCAAUAUCAACAUCAUAAUUCUUUCACUCGAUUCGUUACAUCAUAGUUC